ACCAAAAAGUAAUUAAAAUAUUUCUCAGUUUCAUUAUUUACGAAUUAUCCAGAAAGCGUUCCGCUUUGGUAAACAACACAGAAUAAAUUGGAUAGGCUACCAUUAAGUCUUAAUCGUAUAAAUCGUGACAAUUUGCACCUAAUUGCAAAAGCUAAUUCACGUUUUUACCAAAAAGAUUAAGACCAACAAUGGAAUGGAAAGACGAAAUGCACAAAAUGCUUGCUGCAUUCGAUCGCCAGGCAACAAUUUCGUUGGGAAAAAUUAAAACGACUUUCAAACGCAAUGGUUUUUCGCUCAAUUCUGAGUUUAAGCAAUAUUUUUUGAGUGUUUCAAGUGAUCGGAUCAACCUUACUUACGACCAAUUCGAAAUGAAUUCAAACUUGGAAGACCGAGUCAACAUUGGUGCAGAUGAUGGGUCACCGAUUAUGAGCUCAUUUCUUACUAAAUGUCCUGGCAUGACUGACCCAGUCGAAGUCAUCGACUCAAGCGAUGAAGAUGAUCAAAUCAAAACGGAAGGUGCCCUUGAUAUUAAGUGCGAUAACAAUGACGAAACAUCUGAAUGGAACGAUUUGGUUCAACAUACCGAUAGUAGCUACACCGAAAUGUUAGAGACGGAAUCGCCCGGUUUUAAUUACCAGAAUGAUCAUUCAGAAAGUGAAGGCGGUAAUGGUGCCAACAAAGAAACUAUGAUGGCGGAUAUGAACGAUGGCAUUCCGAUGAUUGAAUUUAAUGAGAAUCGCAAUGUGAACACAACGAGCAAACACUCCAUCAUAAUGGCAAAUAAAGGAAACGCUGAUGGUGCCAAAACUAUUCGUGACGCAUCAAAAAAUCGAAACAACAAAAUAUCCAAGAACAAAAGAACAACAAAAUAUCCAAGAAACGGUGGCGGAAAAGCGCUUCGAAAUCAGUUGGUGCCGAAAAAGCGCUUCAAGUGUCAACUUUGUGAAUAUUCCAGCAAUUACAGGGCAGACCUCAAUAAACACACACGUAUUCACACAGGCGAAAAACCAUAUCGAUGUGGUAGCUGCGGCAGAGAAUUCACAAAAAUGCAGUCCCUGAAGGUGCAUAAGGCGACUCAUAUCAAUGAAUUUCCAUUCCAUUGCCGGAUCUGUUUCAGCGGUUUCUACCAGAAGGAUGAAAAAUAUGCCCACGAAAAAGUGUGCAAAGUGCGUCGAUUUGAAUGCCACAUCUGCAAGAAGUUUGUCACUGUGGAUCAAGCCGAUUUGAUAAAACAUAUGCCUGUGCACAGCGGUGAAAGACCGUUUCAAUGCAAGAUUUGUAUGAAGCGUUUUACACGGAAAUAUCAUAUGAAAGCACAUUUCAAUCGACACUAAAAUUCAACCAUUGAUAGCAAUACGGUUUCGUUUUUAGCUAGAAACUAUGUCCCCUCAUACGAUCACAUUAUAAACAUUGAAAUUAUUAAGCUAUCACAACCAUACCUUCAACCAUAUCUAGAUUCUAGAACUUUUCUUUAAACACUGCUUUGAUCAACAUCAAGUACAUUAACAUAACUCCAGAGAGAGAGAGAAAGC